AUGGACAGCAGUGAAAAAGGACAUACUAAAAGACAGCGCAGGUCUUCUCUCUCACAGCAGCUACAACGGGUCUUCCAUUUGGAUAAACAUGUGAAUAAGGAAAGGCGCAGGCGAUCGUCGGAUUCGAUAGAGGCUCGAACCAUAAGGACCCCUGGGCAAGAGCGAGAGGGGACACAGCAGACAGACGAGGUUGGCCUAGGCGGCAGUACAAGUCGAUCCGCAUCAUUCAUAAGAACAAAUGAAGAUGUCGGUCCACGUAUAGCCCAAGGUCCAACCUUUCCGGGUUUGGUUGACAAUGAGCUCGUGAAGUCAUCAGCACACACUACCAGCCAGGGAACAUUGCAACUGUCCGACUCAUCCUCCGUCAUGGAUAUGUCUUCUGCCAAGCACGGGUCAUUCAGCCCCGCUACUUCGAUCAACAAGGCGACGGACAGGAAUGAAAGAAGGGCUACAAGGCGCCUAGAAGCAGAAAGGUUGGAGCUUGAGAAGAGGUUUCUUAACCUCGAAAAGAGCGAGCAACGCCAUGGGAUAAGCCAACAGCAGAAAGAGUCCCGGCGCCUCACCAAAAAACAACCUAUAAGAAGCUCAAGUAGGGCAUCGAGUGUGAGUGAAGAUGAGUCUCGCCCAUCACGCCGAUUCUCUUCUCUCUUCUCAAGUUCGAGGCGAAGUUCCCGGUCACGUUCAAAUUCCCUAAGCAGAAGUGACGCAGAUUAUCCAACUGACGCCGAAAGAUCACAAUCUGGACUGCACUCGGGACCGCACACAGCUCGAUCUCAUAUUGCUGUGAAGAUGCCUAAUCGCUUCGGCGCCGUGAUAUCCAAAGAGCUCUCCAUCAACAACGCGCUGGCCCCAUACCAACCUGAGCCUGCACCCACGCGGGAGCUAAUGCCGGCGAAUCCUACCAGUACAGAAUCGAAGGCAAAUGAUUCUACCGGGCCUGAUCCUCGCAGUAUUGAAAACAAUUUGUCGCACGGACAAAGCCCUGUACAAGACCACCUCGUUUCCAUCGACAAGAACGCGCAUAGGGUAGCAUCAAAAGCCCCUAGUCUUCCUGUCCCUACAGACCUGGACCGCUUGUCCUUCGCAGCAACCCUCAACCUUAAGAGUAGGGAGUCUGGCAACGUGAGGUUAUCUGGACAUCGUCGGUCAUUGACGGUGUCUUCCCCGGAACUGCUGAAUAAACGGGAAAAGCAUACUCGCGGUAGCUACAAAAGCACUCGGAUAGCUCAGGUGGCAGCUGAUGGUGGAAAGACUUCAAGAAGUUCACUAGGACUGUCAUCGACUAACUUACAAGCCAAUUCGUUGAGGGCUGCACCGAACAGAACUUCCACGGACCGUUAUCUUCAGAGACAGUAUAAGAGCUACGUUUCAUCACCCCUUACAGUGGCCUCAACUGUGGACAGCAGAUCCAAUCUAUCUUCAAAUGCUAAGGAGACUUCAAACACAACAACUUUGCAAGCUCCUAUCGAAGAUAAAUCAAAUCCCAUGGAUUCUAUCAAGGCUAUAGAUUCCAAGUAUAAGCGGACACAUCCACAUGUUACAAGGCGUUUAUCCGGGAGAUACGAAGAUAAAGACGAAGGAGACCUUGCACAGCCUCACAGUAUGGUUGGGAACCCGCAGGAGCGCUCUGUUGUUGGCUACACGUGGGCUAGUCACCAUCUCUAA